UCUGAUGUUAUGCCAAAGGUCGUCAUCUGCUUGGAGUCGCUGCAGCUCUAUUUUCGGAUCUCUUCCCAGAUUUGCUUUACCUUCACGGCUUCACUUUCUGCUGCUACAGGAGAAAAGCAGUGGGGAUGGCGAAUAGCAAUUUGCCAAGAAGAAUCAUUAAGGAAACGCAGCGCCUUCUCAGCGAACCAGCUCCAGGGAUCAGUGCGUCACCUUCGGAAGAUAACAUGCGCUACUUCAAUGUUAUGAUUCUUGGGCCAUCGCAGUCUCCGUUUGAAGGAGGGGUUUUUAAACUUGAGCUGUUUCUUCCUGAAGAAUAUCCCAUGGCUGCUCCGAAGGUCCGCUUCCUUACCAAAAUAUAUCAUCCCAACAUUGACAAGCUUGGACGAAUAUGCCUAGAUAUAUUGAAAGAUAAGUGGAGUCCAGCUCUGCAGAUUCGAACAGUACUGUUGAGUAUCCAAGCGCUUCUAAGUGCUCCAAACCCAGAUGAUCCACUUUCAGAUAACAUUGCAAAACACUGGAAGACAAAUGAAGCAGAAGCUGUUGAGACAGCCAAGGAGUGGACUCGCCUGUAUGCCAGCGGAGCUUGAACGGCCUUAAUAUAAUGUGAAAAUCUGCCAUUAUUGAUUUUCUAUAUCAUAUCUUCAAAACGGUGUUCAUGAACUGUCAGAGUCUCUUAGCUUCUUCUCCUUCCAGCUUGAGGUGGCCUUAAUUGCUCUCAAAUUUGAAAGCAAAUGACUUGAAUAUGGUUUUAUCUCUAGCUAUUAUAUCUGCUUGCUGUAUCAUUUAUGCGGGGCCCCUGGUUGUGAAUGAUUUUCGGUUGUUUUUUUUUUAAUAAUUAAGAUAUUAUAACCUCAACCAGUCUUAAAUUAUGCACAAGUGUGUUUUAUAUUGCAAA